UCAGCACUAAUAAUUGAUUGGGGAUCAAAAUCCAGUGAUCAUCACAAUUUCAGCCAUAAUCAUCCCGGCUAGAUUUCAAAUCACAAUCAACUCAACUCUUGUAAUUGUGAUUUUUCGUAGCGAGAUUAGAAGAAGAUGGAAGGAUCACCAAAUAAGUCAAACCCCGAGGGAAUUUCUGGUGCUCGAAACGAGGCAGCUCUCCUGACUCUGAUGGAGCGCACCGGCUACCACAUCGUUCAGGAGAAUGGGCAGCGUAAAUAUGGAGGACCUCCCCCGGCCUGGGAAGGCCCGCAACCAAGCCGGGGUUGCGAAGUCUUCGUUGGAAAAAUCCCCCGAGAUUUAUUCGAAGAUGAACUUGUUCCCGUCUUCAUGAAAAUUGGAAAAAUCUACGAAUUACGUCUGAUGAUGGACUUUAGCGGCAGCAAUCGCGGAUAUGCUUUCGUGAUGUACACCAAUCGAGAAGAUGGAAAGAAAGCGGUGAAACAGCUCAACAAUUAUGAGAUCCGAAAGGGGCGAUAUUUGGGCGUUUGCCCAUCUGUCGACAAUUGCCGGUUGUUCGUUGGCGGCAUCCCCAAGAACAAGAAACAAGAAGAAAUCCUUGCCGAGAUGGCUAAAGUGACGGAGCAAGUCGUCGACGUUAUCGUGUACCCAUCCAUCAACGACAAGGCGAAAAAUCGUGGAUUUGCCUUCGUCGAAUACGAGAAUCAUCGGGCUGCAGCCAUGGCUCGACGCAAGCUCAUCCCUGGACGAAUUCAACUUUGGGGACAUCAGAUUAUGGUAGACUGGGCCGAGCCAGAGCAAGAUGUCGAUGAAGACGUCAUGAGAUCGGUCAAAAUCUUAUACGUGAGAAACCUAAUGCUGCACACAACAGAAGAAACCAUUGCCAAAGAGUUCAACAAGUUCAAGGAAGGAAGCGUGGAGAGAGUGAAGAAACUCAGAGAUUUUGCGUUCAUCCAUUUCUUCUCCAGGGAGGAUGCCCUCAGUGCAAUGAAUGCUAUGGACAAUGCCCUUCUAGAUGGUGCUAAGAUUGAGGUUGUUCUCGCCAAGCCUGUUGACAAAGGAAACUACGUCCGCUACACCAGAGGUUCAGGGCGAGGCUACGUGCAGCAAGGUCUCUAUGGUUACGACCAGCAACAGACAAGCCCCUCCUACUACCCAGGUUACAGCAACCCUACUGGAAUGCCACCCAUGAUGGGUAUGGCUGGUAGGGGCGGCGGUAUGAUGCAGCGCUCACCAAUCCGGGGUGCCCCCAGAGGCCGUGGGGGAAGUAUGCGAGGUGCUGGUGGAACGAGGAGCUAUGGCAUGGGACGGGGUUACAACCGCUAUGACAGGAAGCCCCAAGAGCCACGCCUGUUCGACCUCCUUCCCGGAAUGGAAUUGACCCCAACGAACCCCGUAACUCUUAAACCAGAGAAAAAUAACAUUCAGGUCUUGGAGGAGUUGUGCAAUAAGAAUCAGUGGGGACCACCAAACUUCACCCUCCUCUCACAUCGUACAAACAGUGAUGUACAGCUCUUCAUCUAUAAGGUGACAGUUCCUGGUCUAAUGGCCAACUAUCCCGAUGGACUCACACCCCAGAAGCUUUGCCAGACCCCGGACCAGGCCAAGAACUUUGCUGCCGAGUGCCUUUUGGCUUCCCUGGGGGUUCCUGUCGAUGGUGAGGAGAGCCAAUCAGAGAGUCCAGUGCAAGGAAGCCCCUCCCCUUCACCUUCUCCAUAUCCCGCCUCCAUCCAUCAUCCUCAUCAAAUUGGCUCACAUCAUAGCUCUUAUCCAUCUAGCCCUGUCGUAGUUAGUGCAGGUGGUGAUGCCCACACUGCCACAUCCCCUCACCCCUACCAGUCAGGAUCGGGCUACCACCAACAGGGAGGCUACGGGGGUGAUGUCUACCACCAGGUCUACCAAGGAUGAGUGAGGGACAACACCACGCUGCAAAAUCAUGGCCAUCCUCGUACUCGCCCUUUCAUCGAUCUUAAAAUCAGUUUUCUAGAAAAUCAAUUUUAAGGCCACAUUUUCCAAAGCCUUAUAUUGGAUAACAGUACAAUCAAUUUCAAGCUAUAACUAAUUUGGUGUUAAAAAUUGAUGAUGAAAUUGAUUUUAAGAUUAGUGAAACAGACUUUUGGAUGUACUACUACGCACCUGACUACCGUAUAUCUUUUUCCAAUAUUUCUCUGAUGGACUUUAUGUUCAUGAUUUCUCUUAUUAAACGUUCCUUCAUUGUUAUGUGUGUUGUGAAAUCUUACAUAGAUAAAUGAAUGUAUUUCAGGAUUUUUUUGUGUGUUGAAAUAGAUAUAGAGUUUAUGAUUCGUAUAUUGAAAAUUUUAGUUUUAGCCUUUUCCACGAUUUCUUUUUGUUUUAGAUCAUAGAGUUAUGAUUUUCAUCAGUUUCAUCUAUUUUGAAGAUUCAUUUAAAAAAAAAAUUGAAAGUUUCAUUCACAUCAGGGCCUGUAACCUGAUUUGCAAUUGGUCGUAUGAUUAAUUUUAACGAUUGCUUGCGCAUCAUUGGAUAUGCAAUCGAUUGUAAAAAUUUGUCAUAUGAUCAUUUAUUUUGGUUUGUAAAAUGGGCCCUUGACCGGUUAUCACAAACCAAGACCUUUAAAACAUGCUCAUUGUGACAAGGGUGAAAACUACAAAAGGUGCUUUGUUUUAACACAUUCUUCAGCACUGGGGGACUUGUGAUAUUUUGGUGUUGAUUUGGUGUUAUGGGCUGAUUUCAACACCAGCACAGCACCAGAGCUAAAAUAGUUGGGUGUUGGAGCUAGUGAAGGCAAUCAGAAUCUUGCAUUCGACACCAUCACAAACGCUAACACUGAACUGCCAGAUUAUGUUAGGUGUUGGAGCUAGGGAAUGUAAUUUGACCCGUGCAUCAGACACCAACACUGAACCUACCUGUAAGUGUUUGAGUUGGUAAAGGUAAUCUGAAUUGUGUAUCUGACACCAGCACAUAAAGACUAACAAUAAACUGCAAAAUAGGCCUACUGCCAAUUAAAGCAUAUGUAGGUGUUUGAGCUAGUGAUUCAAUCUGAAUGGUGCAUUCAACACAAACACUGAACUCAUGUUGGGUGUUAACAUUUAUAGUGAAGGCAAUCUAAAGUGUACAUCCGACACUAGACAUGAAAUCACCCAUUGUAUUGAGAAAUACUUCAAGUAUAUAGGGGGUGUAGGUGCUACUAAUAUCAAGAAAACUUUUCUUUCCCCAAAAAACUUUUUAAACUCACUUCAACUGCCUAAGAAAGCAAAUUUGUACUGUUAACAAAAAAAAAUGUGUUCAUAUCAUACUUUUCAAAAAAAUACUCUGUUCUUGUAUUGAUACUGACAAUAUGACGGUUGAAUGUAUUUUCUUAGUUUUUGUUUGAUAUGUGCCAAAGGUGUGAGGGUAAAGUACAAGAUGUAAUAUAUACCGUCUUUCCUUGUCGUCUUUCAAAAUAUUAGAGGAAUUUGUGUCUUUCAUACCAAUCAACAGAUUAUCUGUUGUGAUACAGUUUCGAUAUCGUCUUGUCCGAGCGGGCAUUUUAGGGGAUUCCCCUUUCCCCUGAAAUAAAAUAUCCCAUUUUCAGACAGUGUAUAGAAGUGUAUUGAUAGACCAUUUGGGUUUAGUAUCACUUUUAGCCAUGAAAGCACAAUAAUACCAUUGUUUUUUUCUGUCAGAUAGGUUGGUAAGAAGCUAAGCACAACUGGAUAGAAGCAUUUAUUUUGUUCCACAAAAGUGAAUACGUGUGUGACCUUGUGUCUUUUCCCAGUAGCUUGACUGUUUUUUACCCCCAAAGCACGGCCUUUUCCCCUUAGGGAAUUUUGUUUACCCUUAGAGCAUUUCAUUUCCCCAAGAACAUUAUCUUUUUACAAGGGAAGACGAUGUGCUUUUUAUAUUCAUGUCUUCUUCCAACCAAGCAAGUUUUAUACUACCCCGCACAAAAGUCUACUUUUACCAUGAAGGCACAACAGACCCCUAAGAAGCACUUUUUGUCACAAUGCAUGCACUAGAUUUUAGUAACUACAUGUUCAUUCUUAUUUUUUUCAAAAGAAAAAAACUAAACCUAAUGAUUUUCAGAUAGAUUUUUAUUUUUCCCUGACUAGCACAUAUUUACUCAAACCAAGUCCUUUAAAUUGUAUGUCUUCAAUCUGUCAAAAAGGACAGAGUAGAAUGCAUUAUUUUUUUUUGAAUUAAAAACAUAAUUAAAUAUUGUUGAACCAUUACAGAUUAGAAUAUCUUUAUUCAUUUAUUCAUCGUUAUUCAUAAAGAUCUUCAAAACAACCGUUUAUUCAUAAAGAACCUCAAAGCAUACUCAAGAUUAUAUUUGUCAUUUGAUGUAUUUAUGAUCAUGGAAUAUUCAGAGAAAGCAUUAAUUUUCCUUUCGCUUGCUUUAUUAAAAUUUAUCAAGCAUAAAAACUGCAAGAAAAAAAAUGAACAAAAACAUGAAAAUGUUAUGAUUAUGUUCAAUUAAGUUGCAUAGUAUAAACAAGCGUGUUGAUCAGUAACUUGGAAAAAAAGAGAAAUUUCUUUUAAAAGUAGAUGUAUAAAAAAAGAACUUAUUUUUGGUGUUAUUUAAAAUGAUAAUCUAUACAUCAUUUGAUUACCCCUAUUUUUAACUAUUUAAUAAAAACCAAUUGAGAAACCAAUCAAAACUGCUUUUCCAAAAUAAGAAAAUGCAAGCAUCGAUCAUUUUAGGAAAUCUGUUCCCAUUUCAAUCACCGACUGUAUAGUUAGUGUUAACUAUUUGAAAAAAAAAAAUCAUCCAAUAACGCAAUCAUCAACAGACUUCUUGUGAUU